GCUACGGACGCCGACGCAUGCGCGCUCUCUCCUCUUUCAUCCGCCCGCCAUGGGACUCCUCCUAAGCGAAGGCCCCGUGAGGCUUCCUGGGACUUGUAGUUCCUACCGCCUGCAGGCCUCAGCCUGAACUACCCUUCCCCGCGCAACCCGCACUUCCUGGUUACCGAGGCGCUGCUGGCGGCGACCGAAAAGUUGGGCUAUAAAGAACAGACUGAGGAAGCCCCUAUAGUUUUCCUGGGACAAUGGAGGAGUUCCGCCGUUCCUAUAGCCGACUGUGUAAGGAAAGUGGCGCUGAGCCUCAGGAAGCAGUCCUCUCUCAGCUGCAUGAUCUUCGGGAGGGCCAUCGCAAGAGCAAACUGAAUCUGGCCACCCAGAGCUUGUCGGUUGACACCUGUAGAGCUCUGGGGACGCUCCUGCAAAAUGAUGUCCUCUUUUCGGUGGUUCUCCUAAGUGACUGCAUGAUGAGUGAAGAAGGAUCCAAACUGCUCAUACAAGGACUUUGUUCAAACUCAGUAGUCAGAUAUCUGGAUUUAAAGGGCAAUAACCUUCGAGCUAUAGGGGCUGAGGCUCUAGGCAAACUCCUCCGACAAAACAAGGCCAUUCAAAGACUUACUCUAGAGUGGAACAACUUGGGGAUGUGGGAAGAAAGUUUUUCUCUCUUCUGUGAGGGACUUGGGGCCAAUACUACUCUGCAGCAACUAGACCUCCGAAACAACCAGAUCAACCACAAGGGGGCAGAAGAGCUGGCCGUGGCCUUGAAGAACAAUUCUACUCUCCUAGACAUAGAUCUUCGUUGGAAUAACAUUGGACUCCUGGGAGGCCGGGCAAUUGUAAACUGUCUUUCCAACAACAGGACCUUAAGGAAGCUGGAGCUAGCUGGGAACAACAUCCCAGGGGAUAUCUUGAAAGCUGUUCAACAAGCCAUGGAUCACAACCUAGACAGGCAGGUGUCACUCCAGGAGAAUCACAUCCGGACCUAUGUGCUGAGCAAAGAAGUCCAAAGCCUCAAAGAAGAGAAGUCCAAACAGUUCCUGAACCUGAUGGAUACAAUUGAUAAACAGAGGGAAGAGAUUUCCAGGAAUUCCAAGUCAUCGGCAGUCCGAGUAAGUCAGCUUCAAGAGGCCCUGAAUGAGCGUCAUUCCAUCAUCAACUCCCUCAAAGCCAAGCUGCAGAUGACUGAGGCUGCCUUGGCCCUGUCUGAGCAGAAGGCCCAAGACCUGAGCGAGCUGUUGACCACUGCACAGCAGGAACAAAUAAACCUGUCACAGCGGCAGUCCAAGGAACUGAAGCUAGAGCAACAGGAAGCUGCAGAUCGGGAAUCUAAACUAUUGAAAGAAUUGGCUGCCUCCAAUGAAAGAAAUAUGCUUCUACGUAACCAGGUGGAUGAACUAGAGCGAAAAAGCAAGACUCAGCAGGAACGGCUAUUCCUGACAAAGCAGGAACUGACCAACAUAACAGCGGAGCUGAAGCUACGCUUAACUCAGGCGGAGGAGCGCCUGGAAAUGGAGAAGAGGAGAUUCAAACAAAGCUUAGAAGAUUCAGAAAGCCUCCGACUUAAAGAGGUAGAACACAUGAGUCGUCACAUGGAGGAAAGUGAACGAUCCUUACAGGAAAGGAUACAAAAGCUGGAGACGGUUCGAAUCUCCCUGGAGGAGGAGGUGAGCCGAGUGAAGAAAGCUAUACUAGCCGAGCGAGGUCAGGCAGAGGAAGAGAUAAUGAAGGCCAAGAACCAAGUCCGCCUGGAAAUGCAACAGCGAAUGACUCAUCUGGAAGAGAAAAUUAGGCUGAUGUCCCAGGCCCGGGAUGAAGCUCAGGAAUACUGCCUCCAGCAGAAACAAGCUGUGGCUGAAAGCCAGGCCAAGAGCAACCAGAUGAGCCUUCAGAUGGAAGGGCUGAGACGGCAGCUAGAGGAGCUGCAGCAGGAACUGAGAAACAAGGAACAGGAAAAGGUGACCGAAGUGAACAAGGUGCGAGUAGAUUUGCAGGCGCAAAUUGGCCACUUGCAGGCAGAGCAGACGGCGCAGGAAGGGCUAAAGGAGAAGAUUGCAACCCUGGAAAGGCAGAUCAAAGUGAUGUCAAGCAGCCACCGAGAGGCUCUGCUGGACAGAGAGAGUGAGAAUGCUUCUAUCAGGGAAAAGCUGAGGCUCAAGAAUGCAGAGAUCAGCAGGCUUCGGGAGGAAGAGGCCCAGCGAGCGAGCUUCCUGCAGAACGCCAUCUUGGCUUAUGUACAGGGCUGUUCCCUGGGGACUCCAAACCCUGACAAGUAAUAAGAGUUAGAGGAGAUUCUGAGAUGGGGUAUAAAGCAGGGGGAAUGAUUGCAGCAAGACAAAGGGAGCUUGGAUCUGUUUGCCUGCAAGACAACCUCCAUCUCCUGAGUCAUUCUUGGGACCUAAGAUGAAGAGUGCAGGAUGAGGCUGUCCAGGGCAUUUGAGGAUUCCUGGUGGAAGUACAGUUGACGUCAGAGAACUACUACCAAGGGAGGUGGGAAAUCUGGGUUUCUCCCAACUUUCUUCCCUUCCUUCACCUCUUUGACACAAGGCUUUCCUAUCCCAUCUCCAACUUAAAGCAACACUGAUGACUGAGGAGAAUGGAGGCUACCAUGCUGUGUUUUUUGAAAAAUGCCAUUUAGUUAACGUGAUUUGAAUUUGAUUGUCCCAAAGGAAUCACCCAGACUAGGCCCAAGUGAAUUGUUUAAGUCUCCAGCAAGGGGCCUUGGCUGGUCAGUGCCCACUGUGUCAGAAGCGACUCCAUGGGCAGUGCCUUUGUUUAUAAGGCAGAUCAGCUGGUACCCAAGGACUUAACAAUUCCCUGCUCUGCCCCUUCUUUGCUGUAGCUCAAAAGAAACUUGAGAUGCCCAAAUUUAGAAACAUCUCCUCUCCAAAUGUUCACAUGGACUAUUGGUGCCCAACCUAUCAUAGAGCCCUCUGAGCUCAUACUGGUCUGAUCAGCCACAGUGGACACACUGUACCUUGACCCUGGCUAUUGAUGUCAUUUUGGGCCUCUUCGAGCACAAAAAGACAGCCACCAAUCUUUGCCCCUCCAACCUGUUUUGAGAAUCAUGUGCCUUAAGAGAGUGCUAGAAGAUGACAGAAAACCUGGAGCAGAACUAAAUUCGAACUCUACAGAUGUCUCUCCCCAAGAGAUAGCUGAGUGUGAGUGUGUGUGUGUGUGUGUGUGUGUGUUUGUGUGUUUGUAUGUAAUUGUGUGCUAGUUACAAAGCAGAUAAUGUUAUGAUCACUUUUAAAAUUUAACCCAUGGACAUUCUUUUGCACAGUCGGGCCCAGCCCCGCAGCCAGUGUGGUGAUUUUUUUUAUUGUUUGGCAUGUUUCUGAAAUAUAGAGUUUAUGCAUUUCAUGAUA